CAAUAGGAUAAUAAAUAUUGUGUGUUCGUUCUAAUUAAAACAAUAUUUGUUCAAACUUUUUUUCCUUCUUUGUUUCUAUUGGAAAAUAUCAACCAGAUAAAAAUCGAUAUCGCACUGCCAGGUGAUUUCAAGGGGGAUAAUUUUACCGAUAAGACGACAAAUUUUACCUAAUUGUUGAUCAUGGUAUAGAUUAGAGUGGCAUUAUCGUAAAAUACAUUUGCAAAAAAUAGUUAUCGCGUAGUGAUAAAAUCAUCUGUUCAAACAGACAGACGACCGGAAAAUGAACCACUACUAAUAAGGAUCUUCAAGGUUUUUAACAUUGUACUUCAGCACACCACUGAGGACAAAUAUGUCGACCACAGACGAGAACUUAGAAAACGCUGCAGAAAUAAAUCAUGGACGAGAGUAUUCCACUGAGAAUGACACUUGCAUGCCAUCUUCUGCCAAAGAAAGCACAAUCGAGCUUCAAAACAGUCAGUUUAGAAGUUUCGAAUCGGAAGAAGCGCCAGAAGAUGACGCGAUAGAACAAACACGAGAGAGGAUUAGAGCAUUUAGUUCGAAUAUCAUGACUGAACGAAGUGGACUAAAUCGGUCAUCGUCCGAAGAAAAUGCUUCAAUGACUAUAAGGUGUGAUAAACAUUUUGGAGAGGUGAUUAAACUCUAUUGUGAAAGACAUGACGUAGUUUGCUGCUGUAUAUGCCAUGCCAAACAUCACAGCCAAUGUCGUGAAUCCGAUAUAAAGUACAUUCCCGAUGUCGCUAGCGGAAUUGGUGAGACAGAUCACACCGAGAAAGUACUGCAAUGCAUGUCAUUGAUCAGUGAUGCUGCAUCUGAUUACCAGAAACGUCGGAUAGAUGAACUUGUUUUACUUGACGAAGACAAGAAUGUUAUAAUGCAAGACAUUAGACAGUUCACGCAGACAAUAGUAAAGAAAAUUGAAGAACUGGAAAAAGCAUCAAUUGAAGAAGUUGUAAAACGACACAAAGCUCUCUCUAGGAAGAUCAGCAAUGACAUUGCUUUUUUGGAUGAUAUGAUACAAAAGGUGAUGCAAGAACGUCGUAUUAUUGCUGAACACACUGGAAAUAGUGCGGACUUGUUCAUUCUCUUGAAUACUGGGAAGAAUAACAAUGAUGAAAACUUAAAGAAGUUGACAGAUGUUCAAGCUCAUGCGGAGCGGGUAGGAUUGUGUUACUCGCUUUGUUAUAGUAUUGAAUCUUUCUUUCGGGAUCUCGAGAAGUUAGGAGAAUUACUCGAACCGGUAGAUGUUGAUGAGACGAAAUUUUACAACGUAAAAGUAAGCGAAGACCAAAACCCCUGUCAGAUAACAGAUAUCACCAUACUCCAGGAUGACACUUUUGCUAUUACGGAUUAUGGAAAUGGUAAGAUAAAAAGGCUUGGUCAGGACUUCAGUGUGAAACAAACAGUAUGUAUUACUGGAGGCCCAUGUGGUAUAACAACAACGGGUGAAAGUGAAGUACUCGUGAGUCUAACUUUAGAUAAAAAAUUACAGUUUCUUUCGUUUGGUUGGUUCAAGACAAGUUUAGGUGAUUGUAUAAAUGUAAACAAAUACUGCAGAGGUGUUACAUAUAGCGGCUACACCAAUAAAAUAUAUGUUGCAUGUGGAGGCGGGGAUUUGUUAAACGAAGGUCCAGGUGAAGUAAGGGUAUACGACCGAAAAGGUACCUUUCUCAAAGUUUAUGAUACAGAUCAGUCUAGAAAACCUCUCUUUAAACAUCCAGUACAUAUGGCCAUAAGCAAAAGUGGUUCAGAACUGUUUAUUACUGACAGUAAAAAUGGUCUUAUAGUCAUUGACAAUAAAGGCGAUAAGCUCUAUGAGGUAUCAGUACCAUUCACAAAAGAAACGUCUGGAAUUUGUGAGCUGGAUGGCGACGAACGAUUAAUUAUAACCUGCAAAGUUUCAGGCAACAUUGUUGAACUGGUAAAACAAAAAAAUGGUGUUUUCAGAAUGAUGUCUGAAGUAUCGGUGACCGCGGGAAAUCCCGUUUCUCUUGCUUAUCUUAAAAGUGCGAACUCUGUUGUGAUUAUCAGUGAAAAAACUGAUCAGAUAUGUGUGAAAAAGCUCAAGCCAUAUAAUUAAUGGCCGACUUAAUUUAUUGUGAAUAUUUGUCGUUCUGUCAAUUCCGAGUUAUAAGAAAUGAAUGCUGAGUAUAUGUCCAAAAGUGGCUAUAUAUCCAUACUGAAGCUACUCAUGAAGAAAGAGAGGAAUGUUGAAUAAAGCAUUUACAUCCUUCAUACAGUUAUAGAUAGAAAGACACGUUUCGAAAUCACAUGUAUAAAAUGUCUCUGUUGAAAAUCAGUUUUAACCUUUUGGUAAUAUGGAUAAUCAAAGACUAAAUAACAUAAUGUUUAUUUAUUUGGAUAAAUAAUGCCGCAAGCUAUUGGUAUAAGAACUUGAAUUGAAGAGUUAGUCAAAGUCAGCAGUUUGCAACUGUACGUGCUGGUUUUGAAUACUGUUUACAAAGGUGAAGUUUUAAAUGUCAUUUUACGAAAGACUAUGUAGGACUUUGUUCAAGAAUGGAAUCAGAUUGUAAAUCGAGAGAAUGCACAGUUGGAAAGGGAAAAUGGAGGUAGGCGGGCGGAGGGGAGUUGACAAGCUCAAAAUAUAAAAAUUGAGAAACCUUCAAACAGAACUUUGAAGUUGAACCGAAAGUUAAGACUCUUUUGAAUAGGUCCUACAUGUGUGGUCUUGCGAAUUUCACUAUUGGCACAGCCCCGAUACGCAGAUUCAAGUUAUAGAUAGAGUUUAUGAUGUGAAUUCUUCGUGGAAAAGAAACCGAUAGGGAGGGAAAUGGAGCUCGAAUUGUCUUUUUUUUCUCGAAGAAUUCUCUUUAUAAUCUCUAUCUGACAUAGUGAGAAAUGUACGUUUGACCAAUCAGAAUUGUAGAGUCAGUCGUGUUGACGUUUUCAGUUCGUAUCAAAUUCUCUAUCUACCUUUGCCAGACACCUCGAAGUAACAAAAAUGUGUCGGCUUUCUUUGAAAUAUUAACGAAGGGGCGGUCAUUGGUACGCAUGCGCAUUCAGUAGACGCUCUUCAGCGUCACAGUAGAGCCGUUCUUUGAAACUUAUUGCUACAGUCACACUGGUCUUCAGAAAAAAAAAGAAGCCACAUUUUUGAAAAACUGACUAGCUCGGACUGGUCAAAAAGUAGGCUGCAUACUGUUGGCAGUUACAGUGGCGUUACAGGAAGGGAUAGAACCUGUUUCCAUUGAGGAUGAAAUUUGUUUAUUAUUUCAUUGUCCUUUGUACAACUCUCCUCGUAUAAAAUUGUUAGAAGAAGCUUCUGAAUAUGAUUUUUAAGAAUUGUAAUGAUAACGAAAAACCGGUUUUAUCUUCUUUCAAGCUGAACUUCCAAAGCAUGUUUUAAAAUCUUAGAUAAGAAAAAAAGGUUAAAUAAAAUUAGGUCAUGUAAACAAAAUGUACUAUAGUAAUGGACUUCUAUUUUCUAAUGUAUACUAUAUAGUAAUUCAGUUUUAAUUGUGACUAUGUACAAACAACUAAAAACUGUUUAAAACUGAAUGAGGAUUAAAACUGUACAGAUAUAAGAUUUAAUUGUCCAGUGCAGAUUGUUUAAGUACAGUAGUUAUUAUAAUUUUAUGAUUUUAUAAAAUGCAGUAACUUGUAACUCUUGUCAGAAAGGUUUUCAUGACAUUGCUCUUGUGUACAGUCUCAUGCAAAAUGAGACAAAAUUAAAAAAAUCUUACCAUAUCUAAUCUUAUAUACAAACAUAACUUUACAAAAAUAUAAUAAAGAGUAACUGGAAGGGUUAGGGCAUUUGGGUUGUAAUUGAAAUGUGAGACAAAGAAGAGUUAUAAUACUUCCCGGCAAUGUACUAAUGGUAUCUCCGAGUUUAAUUAUUUUUGAGGUAUUUCACACACACACACACACACACACGCGCACACACACACACACACACACACACACAAACACAUAUACUAAAUUUUUGAGAAAGGGUCUUCAUCGAAAUAAAAUUCAACCAUGAGCUAUCUACAUGUUUUGUACCGUGGGUACUUUAGUAGGCUACGUAUUCGGAACGUGUCAUUCCGUAUUGGAUAUUCAUCCAGGGUUGUUGUGAUGACUGUGAAUGAUUGUGCUACUUUUUGUUUAAUCUGUCUAAUACAUACAAUUGUUACUGAGAUACUGCUUGAUAAGUAGUUACACGUAAAGCUUAAACAAACUUGAAAAAGGAACAAAGUUGAAAAGUCCACAGUAUGUAUGAAAUUCAGUAGUUAACUAACAUGGUUAUUUUAUUGAAUUUGUUGAUAAGAGAGCCUUGUAUGACGUUUCGUUCCAUUACAUGCAGUGGUUACUGAGUUAUGACGAUGCAAACAAAAAUGUAGUGAAUACGUGAUGCCAACGGCGACGGCGACGCCGGCAUUCGGAUUUAUAAAUAAGCUUCGAUUAGACGAGCUAAGAAUGGAUCAUUGAAAUGCACUUUUCCUUUCCUUUUCCAGAUUUUGAAGGCUAUUCGUAAUUAUAUUAACUUCCGUUUUUAUAAGUUGAUAAUUCAAAAUACUAGUGUUGAAAUGUGAUAAAUUUCUAAAUAGGUAUAUAUUUGAUACAUAAUUAUUGCUGUGGUGUAAUAGCGUUCUACGCAUCAUUGCUGAAAUAAAAGAUAU